AUGCCACCUAGACGAACAAAGCGUUCAGCUGCAACAGUGGAAGCAGAAGAGGAGACAAAUGAGUCACAUCUCAAUGGUCAAGCAUCCACUUCACAACCGGCAAAGAGAGCAAGAAUAUCAGAAGUAGAUGGAAAUGCAACAGAGGAAGCACAGCCACCAGCUCCGACAGAACUAGAAAGUGAAGAUACGACCCUACCCCCAGCUCCUCCGGCAUCACCUCCUCCACCGCCAUUGGAUGAUGGAACGGAUAUCUUACCUCCACCCCCACCGCCAGAUGAAGGAGAUACUGAAAGAUUGAAUGGAAAUGUGACAGCUGAGCAAGAGCAAGAUGAGGAGGCGAUUGGAGGAGCAGACUACUGGGCAAAGCUUGCAAAUGAAGAGGCAAGCGCAGCUCAGUCUUCAGGAGGUGAUUUGUAUCUCGACACGAUCAAUCGUUCGUUGCUGGAUUUCGAUUUUGAGAAGUUGUGCAGCAUUUCACUUUCAAACAUCAAUGUGUAUGCUUGUCUGGUUUGCGGGAAGUACUUUCAGGGAAGAGGGCCAAAUUCGUACGCAUACCUGCAUUCAAUCAACGAAUCGCAUCGUGUUUUCAUCAAUCUAGAAUCGGCCGAAGUGUAUGUCCUGCCUGAUAACUACAAAGUCAAGGACGCUUCACUGGCCGAUAUUCGAUACCUGCUUCAUCCAACAUAUAGCGAGAAACACAUCAAAACCAUCGAUGCACCAGAUGCACGCGAAGCACUCGAUUUGAGGGCAAAUUCAUAUUUGCCAGGCUUUGUUGGGUUGAACAAUUUGGGUGCUAAUGACUACAUGAACGUCAUCAUUCAAGCACUUGCACAUGUGAAACCUUUGCGAAAUUUCUUCUUACGUGACAGCCUUGCCAAAUCAACUGAGCUGGUCCGCAGGUUUGCGUCUUUGAUGCGGAAGAUUUGGAACCCACGUAAUUUCAAGGCACAGGUAUCACCACAUGAGUUUCUACAAGAAGUUGCAAAUGCCAGUAAAGGACGUUUCUCUAUCACAAAACAAGGUGACCCGAUUGAGUUUCUUGGAUGGCUUUUGAACAAAUUGCACACCGAUCUUGGCGGUGGAGGAAAGAAGAAUAAAAGAAGCAUAAUCAGCGACUGCUUCAUGGGUCACGUCCGGGUAGAAUCGCAAAAGGUGUUUGUCAGAAGUGGGAUUGAGCUAGAAGAUGGAGAAGAUGUGAAGAUGACCACAGAACAACUUGAUAAGUUAGACAGUGAUGGACGGAAAGAGGGCGGACAGGAGGAUGCAUAUGGUAAUGCAAAGUUCAACAUCGAUCGCGAAGUCAAGGUUGAUCGGUCGCCUUUCUUUUUGCUUGCGAUUGAUCUGCCACCCAUUCCUGUGUUCCAAGAUGUGAUUGAGAAGAACAUUAUCCCGCAAGUACCUAUUGCGACUGUUCUGUCAAAGUACGAUGGCGUUUCCUUCCAAGAAGCUCGUGGAAUGAUUAGACGGUACAAGACGCUUCGACUUCCUCCUUUUCUGAUAUUGCACUUCAAAAGGUUCACAAAGAACAACUUCAUCGAAGAGCGUAAUCGAACGAUUGUUGAAUAUCCCGUCAAAGGUUUGGAUCUUUCACCGUACAUUGAAGAUCCAUCAUUAGCUUCCAUCUCAACAACGUACGAUCUGGUUGCAAAUGUCACCUUGGAAGCUACUGCAGGUACCGUAAGGGAAAAUGCGAUUUGGCGAUCACAGGAUGCCAAUGCCGACGUAGAUGAUGACGAUUUGACGGAAGAGGAAAAGUGGUUCUCAAUACAGGAUUUGUUGGUCGAAUCGAUUGACAAGCAAUUACUCUUCUUGGGAGAGUCUUACAUCCAGAUCUGGGCACGUCGUGGAUAG